UUGACUCAUCAGUGUGUCACUGCUCUUUUCUGCCAGACUGACACAGAGAUAAAAGCACAUACGAACAGCAAAGAGUUGAAAUUAACGGAACCUAUUCCGGCUGACUUGGACUAGAGACAUGACCAAAGAGACUGAGACUCUGGGACUGGUCUUUCAGAGUGAGAACUUCAACUAUAACCAUUACACAAACUACAUCAUGGACUCCUGGGCUCCCUACAUGGACAGCUCGGUCCCUGAGCCAAACCACUCCAAACCCAGACUCCACCCAGGAGACGACCUAGCAGCAAUGCUUUAUGAACACUGCAAGAACCAGAAGGAGCAGAAAAUUGCUGCCUGCAACCGUCCUGGAAAUGUCUGCAAACCAGCAGAGAGGGGUCUAACCAACACCAACGACCUCGCUUCAUUGGAGGCGUCCGCCAACAUCAUGAAGAUUCUCUCUGAGAGCGUUCCCACCAGCCAUCCCCAGGAAGUUUUGGGAUCCAAACAGAACAGCUCCCUUCCCAUUUCUGCUCCCACCACCUCAGACACAUACGCCACCCUCACCAGUGUUGUAGCAGACCCUUACGACAAGCAGGAGCUCAACAUCAUCUUUGAUUCCUUGUUGCAGAAGUGGCCAGAAACCACCGCUUUCCCCGACCCCAAUGCUGAGACUCUUCCCUACAGCGAUCCCUUCUCUGAAAACCACUCCAGCCCCGUCUACUCCGGCUCUUACACCAGCUCCCCAGCCGAGAGACUCAGGAGCGAUUUUCAGUUUUCCCUCGGAGCUCCUGCAGCUUCCCCUUACAAGUCCAGCGAGCUGCCCAUGGUGUACCUGAACAAGGGCCAGUUUUAUCCCAUCACUCUCCAGGGGGUGGAAAGCAGCGCCUGCCUCACUGCAACCAAAGUCAAGACAGUGGUGAUGGCUGUGUUCGAGAACGACAAGAGCCCAGAAAUGCAGCUCCGUUUCUGGAAUCACUGGCAUGCGCGCCAGCCGACCGCCAAGCAGAGGGUCAUUGACAUCGCGGACUAUAAAGAAGUGUUCAGCGGCAUCAACAACGUAGAGGAGGUGGCCUUCAAUGCUCUCUCUUUUGUGUGGAACCCAAACGAAGAGGCCAAGGUGUACAUUGGAAUCAACUCCCUGAGUACAGAUUUCUCUUCUCAGAAAGGAGUGAAAGGCCUUCCUCUAAACCUACAGAUCGACACCUACGACUUCAGCUCAGGAAACAACCAGCUGAUACACAGAGCCGCAUGCCAGGUCAAGAUUUUCUGUGAUAAGGGUGCGGAGAGGAAGAUGCGAGAUGAGGAGAGGAAAAGAUCCAAGAGGAGGGGAAAGAACAUUAGUGAUGCUAACGCUAAGUCUUUAGUGAGCAGCUCCAUCAACACUGAAUGUACCUUUUUCCGGACCCUGGAUGACCACGUCACUCAGCCCGUUCUCUUCAUUCCAGACUCACACUUUGCCACUUUACAGCGCAUGGCCGCUCCCAUGGAUGAAAUUGAAAGGAGUUCCCUGAAGAGGCUGUAUCCAGACAGAGACCAGAGCAGCUCUCCACACAGCAAACAAGCUCGCAGAGAUGACCCACAAAGAGUUCUGCUGUACGUGAGGACAGGCACUCAAGAGGCGUUUGACGCACUCAUGCUCAGCUCUCCGACCGUGUCAGGCCUUCGAGAAGCUAUUUCAGAAAAGUACGGCAUGCAAAAGGACACCAUUGGGAAAAUCUACAAAAAAUGCAAAAGAGGGAUUUUCGUCAACAUGGACGACAACAUCAUUGAACACUACACCAACCAGUCGGCCUUCUUCAUCGAGGUGUCCGAGGCGGUCGGCGGUCAGUUCCAAGUCACUCUGGUCGAAGUAUGAGAACAAAUGAGUCACUUGUUCCGUUGAAGGAUGAACAAACACAGCUGCCAGUUUAAGCCAUCUUCCAAAGCACUGCUCGAUCAGAGACAAUGUAAGCUGUGGAAUGCCAAAGCUACAAGGAGACCUGGACUGAAUCUUCGGUUUUUUCCGAUUUCAGAAAAAAAAAAAGUAGAACCGUUUCUGAAUUUUGUAAAUACCACUCACUUCAGGUCUUCUGAAUUUUUUAUUUGAAUGUAUUAUUUUAAUGUGAGAGCAUUUAUGAUAACCCUUUGUACAUAUAUAAUGUAAAUAGAAUUUAAUAUGACAGUGUUUUAUGAGCUAGCCAUGUGCAUGUUACGAUUCAUUUUCCACAAAUUGCUGUGUAUUUCAAGUUUGUUUUUUUACAGAGAUCUGUACAUGAAUUGUGUACAGCAUUUUUUUUUUUUUUAGCAUUUCUUCACAUUGCUAUUCUUGCUGCUUUCAAUGUACUCAUCAUUUCUUCUACAAAAGUCAGUGGUGCUUUUUCUUAGCCAUAAUUUGCCGCUUAUUUUUUAAAACUUUUACUUUGCCAAAAGUAUCUUCCUGUAGGUUCCUGGUAGUUUCACGACUAAAAUGCCCGACACUGGGUUGCAUUCAGAACCUAAAGUCAGACAUUUCCACCCAUAAAACCACACAAGAGUUAGUAUUGGCCAAUAUUAAGCCCAAAGCUGUGGACAUUUCCUGACUGUACGGUGUAACCACAGAGUUUUUCUGGAAACAGUUCAAACCCUCUAAACCAGAAACAGGACUUUCAUAGUAUGCAUGUGUAUGUAUGUAAAAACUUGUGUGCUUAUGUGUUGUGUAUCAUUUCAAAGCAAGCAUGUAUCCUUUUAAUAUUUCAUUAUUAUAACAAGACAGUUCUGGUUAGAUUAGUCACAUUGCCUCUUUUCUAAGAAAAUAAAGAAAAUGCAUAUCAA